AUGGCUAGCGUCUCCGUUCUCCAGGACCCAUCGCUGCAAGCCCGGCAUAAGCAAUCUAUCCCGCUGUCCGAUGGUCGUGUGCUGGGCUUUGCGGAGUUUGGAUCUCUCUACGAUGACGCUACCCCAGUUCUAGCGUUCCAUGGUUGGCCGGGCUGCCGACUGGAGAGUGCUGUAUUUCAUCCUUCGGCGUGCGAGUUGAACGUCCGCAUUAUCGGUAUCGAUCGCCCAGGACUUGGUCUGUCCUCCCCGCGUCCGAACCGCAAGCUUCUGGAAUGGCCCGCCGAUGUGCGAGAGCUGGUGCGGCAUCUGAAGCUCGAGCGCUACUAUAUUCUUGGCGUUUCUGCUGGCGGGCCUCACGCACUGGCAUGCGCACACGAGCCAGCAGAGAAUGAGUUGCUCGGAGUCGGUGUCGUGUCUGGACCUGGCCCUUGGACGUUAGGUACGCAGGGUGCGACACUUGACCUCCGAGUGAUCCUCAACAUUGUGGCUUACGCGCCGUGUCUGACUCGGUAUUUCAUGAAUUCCCAGAUCGUGAAGCCGGCGCAGGAUCCUGAUCCAACCAAACUGGAGGAAUUGAUGAAAUCCCAGACUCGUAACAAGCCGCCCGCUGAUCUGGAAUUCAUAGAGAGACACCCAGACAAAAUGGCUAUCAUGGUGGCCGGUGUUAGGGAGGGUUUUAAGCAGGGUGCAGACCCCAACAUGCAGGAUGGACAACUGUUGACUUCAGACUGGGGAUUUGACCCCGGGGAGAUUACCCUCAAGAACAUCCGCUUGUGGUAUGGUACGAAAGACGUUAAUGUCCCCGUCGCGCCGGGGCGUUAUAUUGCAGAGCGUAUCCCCCAUGCAGUCUUGAGAGAGUACGAGGGGGAUACCCAUAUCACUAUUCACGGGCAUGCUUCUGAGAUGCUGAAGGAUUUGAUUACCGGAGGUGCUAAAUAA